AUGAGAAACAAGUGUCUAUCACUUCGACCACUUGUCCGACACGAGUCCCGUUUGGCCCAAAAACAGGCCAUUUAUGCGCCGAAGACAUCGGACAUCAUUCAAAGCGUUCGUCGCAAUGAAGCCAUACUUUUUGACAAAAGUUAUCAUAAAGUUAUGAGACAAUUGUCGCGCCCGACCCCGAGAGCCGAUGAAACCAAUUCAGAGAUCAAUGAAUUAUCCAAAGCUAACGAGUGGUUCGCGAAAGUGAUUGACUAUAACGUGCCAAAUGGUAAACGCAAUCGCGGGCUAAUGGCUAUCAUUAGUUACCACGUGUUGGCCACUGAACAGCAAAAGACCGGCGAUAUGUUGGACAGAGUUCGGGCUCUGGGAUGGGCUCUCGAACUGUUUCAGACCUACUUUCUUAUUCUCGAUGACAUUAUGGAUAAGUCUAUCACAAGACGCGGACAGAAGUGUUGGUAUAGACAGAUUUUCCAGAAAACAGCGUACGGCCAGUGUAUGGAUUUGUUGGCAAAUCCAGGCCAUACCCGACCAGACCUAAGCCAAUACACGUUUGAUAAAUACUCAGCAAUUGUCAAAUACAAAACAUCCUAUUAUACAUUUGUAUUACCCGUUAGAUUGGCGAUGUAUUUAUCGGAUUAUAAUUCGCCAAAAGAUCACCAAAUAGUUGAAGAGAUUCUGUUAAGAAUCGGACACUUAUUUCAGGCACAGGACGACUAUUUAGACUGUUUUGGGGAUUCGUUGAUCACCGGAAAGAUAGGCACAGACAUAGAGGACGGCAAGUGCUGCUGGAAUGUCAUCAAAGCCCUAGAAUUGGGUUCCGAUCGACACAAACAAUUACUUCAAUCCCAUUACGGAGUAAAAGACUUCGAGUCCGUCAAACAGAUCCGACAACUCUAUGAUGAGAUGAGUUUGGAUAAUGUGUUCAAAGAGUACGAGAAAACCGUUUUCAACAAUAUAUUGGAAAUGAUUGACAAAUUCAAGUAUGAGAUGGAAGUUCCGGUCAGUAUUUUCGACGAACCAAUGGCUCAGAUAUACAACAGAAAUAAAUAG